AUGGCAGACAACAGCACUUCAGAUGGAGAUAUUAAAAGAGAGCAAGCUCCUGAAUCAUCAGCAAGUUUAGAUGGAGAUGUUAACAAAGGGGAAGCUGAACCACCACCAGGAAGUACUUUAGAUGGAGAAAUGAAGAUCGACCAUGCUCAGGAAACACCAGGAAACUUAGAUGGAGCUCAUUCAGCAGUGGGAGAGAGGGGAAAAAUACCUGAAGAGAAUGGAAAUGAGCCAGUUUCAGAUGGGAAAAAGGAGAGAAAGCAAGGGAAGAAUGUAGUAGCAUACUACAAGUUGUUUUCCUUUGCUGACUCCUUUGAUUAUUUUUUGAUGUUUUGUGGUGUAAUUUCUGCUGUUGGAAAUGGGUUCUGUUUGCCACUUAUGUCUUUACUAUUUGGAGAGUUGAUUGAUGCCACUGGAAAACCUGCCUCCACUACCGAUAUGGUGCAUGGAGUUUUUAAGUGUAAAGAUGCCCAUUUUUGCUGUUUGCCAGAGGUGACUAGCUGGACUGUAACAGGGGAGAGGCAGGCUGCAAGGAUAAGAAGUUUAUAUUUGAAAACAAUAUUAGGGCAAGAAAUUGGCUUCUUUGAUAAGGAAACUAGUACUGGAGAAAUUGUUGGAAGAAUGUCAGGUGACACUAUUCUUAUUCAAGAAGCCAUUGGUGAGAAGGUUGGACAGUUUAUACAGAAUAUAUCUUCAUUCUUAGGAGGCUUUGUCAUAGCUUUCGUGAGAGGAUGGCUCCUCACUCUUGUAUUGUUAUGUUCAGUUCCACCAAUUGCUAUUUCUGGAGCUCUCAUGAUGAAGCUCUUAAGCACGCUCAGUUCCCAUGAACAAACUGCCUAUUCUCAAGCAGCCACUCUUGUAGAGCAGACAAUUGGCUCUAUCAGAACUGUUGCAUCAUAUACAGGGGAGCAACUAGCAAUUUCUAAGUACAGCAAGUCCUUGAUUAAAGCAUACAAGUCUGGUGUAAAGCGAGGGCUUGUUACUGGGUUAAGUAUGGGUACACGAAAUCUUAUCUCAUAUAGUGGCUAUGCAUUGGCAGUGUGGUUCGGUGGAAGAAUGAUAGUUGAUAAGGGAUACUCAGGAGGAGAUGUCUUAACUGUGAUUUUUGGUGUGUUGCUGGGCUCUUCGUCUCUAGGGCAGGCAGGUCCACACUUAAGUACAUUUGCUGCCGGACAAGCAGCAGCAUUUAAAAUGUUUGAGGCAAUCAAUAGGAAGCCUGAGAUUGAUGCUUACGAUACUAAUGGAAGGAAACUGGAUGAAAUUCGUGGUGAUAUUGAGUUAGAGGAUGUUAAUUUCAGUUAUCCCGCAAGACCAGAUGAACGCAUAUUAAUUGGAUUCUCUCUUUCAAUACCGAGUGGUACAACUGCAGCUCUGGUUGGACAGAGUGGAAGUGGGAAAUCAACAGUGAUCAGUUUGAUAGAUAGAUUUUAUGAUCCACAGGCUGGUGAAGUACUUAUAGACGGUGUUAAUCUCAGAGAGUUUCAGCUCCAAUGGAUCAGAGGGAAAAUUGGUCUUGUCAGCCAGGAACCUGUGUUGUUUUCAUCAAGCAUUAGAGACAAUAUUGCUUAUGGGAAGAUUGGUGCAACUAAUGAAGAGAUAGAAGCUGCUGCAGAGCUUGCAAAUGCAUCUAGCUUCAUAAAUAAGCUACCUCAGAGACUAGACACAAUGGUUGGUGAACAUGGAGUUCAGCUAUCUGGGGGCCAAAAGCAGAGAGUUGCUAUAGCAAGGGCCAUCCUAAAAGAUCCAAGAAUCCUACUUCUAGAUGAAGCCACAAGUGCUCUUGACGCUGAAUCCGAAAGAGUGGUGCAAGAGGCACUUGAUAGAGUAAUGGUCAACCGUACAACUGUACUUGUAGCUCAUCGCUUGACUACAGUGAGGAAUGCAGAUAUGAUAGCUGUUAUUGAGAAAGGAAAGAUUGUUGAAAAAGGUUAAAAUUUUGCUUAGAUUUCCCUUUUUCAAUGGUUCAACUACAGAAGUUGUUCACAUUUUGAUUUAGUCAAGAAUCAUGAUGGAGCAUAUAGCCAGCUCAUACGGCUGCAGGAAAUUUGCAAUGAGUCAGAAAAAGAUUCUUCAAUUAAACCAGACAGCGGUCGUCAUUCCUGGGUCCAAUAUGUUUCGUCGCCCUUAAGUAUAAUUUCUGAUAACUCAGUUGAAAUGUCUCCUGAAAACUUACCUGACAAAUCAAUUGAUAGUACUCCUGCUGCAGAAAAGCCACAGAUUUCUCAAGAAGUUCCACUUAGCCGUUUGGCUGGUCUUAAUAGCCCUGAGAUACCUAUGUUACUUAUAGGUUCCAUAUUUGCUGCGGCCAAUGGUGCAAUAUUACCAAUUUUCGGGAUGGGGCUUGCCAGUGCUAUUAAAAGUUUCUACAAACCCGAAAAAGUCAAGAGAGAUUCCUCAGUUUGGGCGUUAAUAUUUGUGGCCCUUGGUGUGACUUCUUUUCUGAGCAACGCAAUCAGCUCAUACUUUUUUGGUGUAGCAGGGUGCAAGUUGAUAAAGCGAAUACGAUCAAUGUGCUUUGCAAAAGUGGUACACAUGGAGAUAGGAUGGUUUGAUGAAGCUGAGCAUUCGAGUGGUGCCAUUGGUGCAAGGCUUUCUACAGACGCAGCCUCAGUGCGAAGUGCAGUUGGUGACACACUUGCUUUGAUUGUUCAGAAUGCUGCAACAGCAACUGCAGGCUUGAUAAUUGGUUUCAAAACAAGUUGGGAAUUGUGUUUGAUAAUCCUUGCCUUCUUUCCUCUGCUGGGAGUUUGUACUUACGUACAAAUGAAGGUGAUGUUCUUGAUCAGCAACGCCAGUAAUGCUAAGAAAAUGUAUGAGGAAGCCGGUCAGGUUGUAAGUGAUGCAGUUAGCAGCAUUAGAACUGUAGCUUCCUUCUGUACCGAGAAGAAUGUGAUUGAACUAUACCAGAAGAAAUGUGAUGGCCCAGUUAAGGCAAAGAUAAAGCAAGGACUGAUACGCGGACUAUGCUGUGGGGUAUCCUUCUUCUUUUUCUAUUUUAUCUAUGCAGUGGAAUUUUUUGUUGGAGGGAUAUUAGUUAACCAUGGCAAGACAACAUUCAAUGAUUUUUUUCAUGUGUUUUUUGCUGUCAGUUUGACAGCCUAUGGAAUUUCAAGAGCAACCACUCUUGCUCCUGACGUUGGUAAAGCUAAGAGGUCUAGUGCUUCUGUAUUUGGGCUUCUUGACCCGAUAUCCAAGAUAGACUCAAGUGAUAACAGUGGAACAACAUUAGACAAUGUUAGAGGUGAAGUUGAGUUUAGGCAAGUCAGUUUCAAGUAUCCAACAAGACCUGAUGCUCAUAUUUUCCGUGAUCUUUGCUUAACCAUACAUUCUGGCAAGAUGGUUGCUCUGGUUGGAGAAAGUGGGAGUGGUAAAUCGACAGUGAUCUCAUUAUUGCAGAGAUUUUAUGAUCCUAAUUCAGGUCAAAUUACUCUAGAUGGAAUAGAAAUCCAAAAGCUGCAACUAAAAUGGUUAAGACAGCAGAUGGGCCUGGUGAGUCAGGAGCCUGUGUUAUUCAAUGACACCAUCAAAGCCAAUAUUGCUUAUGGAAAGGAAGGAGAUGCAACAGAAACAGAAAUUUUAGCUGCAGCAGAAUUAGCUAAUGCUCACAGCUUCAUUAGUGGCUUACAACAGGGAUAUGAUACAUCUGUAGGAGAAAGAGGAGUCCAGUUAUCCGGGGGACAAAAACAACGAGUAGCUAUUGCGCGUGCCAUUGUGAAGUCUCCAAAAAUUUUAUUGCUAGAUGAAGCCACUAGUGCUCUUGACCUGGAGUCUGAAAGAGUGGUUCAAGAUGCAUUAGAUCAAGUUAUGAAGGACCGAACCACAAUUGUUGUAGCUCAUCGGUUAUCCACAAUUAGGAAUGCAGAUGUUAUUGCAGUAAUUAAAAAUGGAGCCAUAGUAGAAAAAGGAAACCAUGAAAGUUUAAUCAAUGUGAAGAAAGGUGUUUAUGCAUCCUUAGUAGCACUUCAUGCAAGUGCAACAAAUUAAGCUCUUAUGUCUGCUUCACUCUAUUAGUAGUUUGUUUAUGGGUUGUUUUGUUAUCUUGAGUUGUUAUCAUUGUAACUUGUUUCUAAAUACACUUAUAAGUCUAGUAUUGGACUAUGACAUAGUAAUGUAAGUUUUAAAGAGAAAUGAAAAUGAAGGUGUUGGAUCCA